GGCCCGGGGUGGGGCGGGGGUCCGCGCCGCCAGAUCGGGGGAGCCGGAGACUUCCUGCAGCGGAGCCCGGUGCCCACCCUGCACUACCAGCAGAGCCUGCCCCGCCUGCCUAUUCCCAAGCUAGAAGACACCAUGAGAAGAUACCUGAAUGCCCAAAAGCCUCUUUUAGAUGACAGCCAAUUCAGGAACACAGAGCAACUUUGCAAACGUUUUGAAAACGGAAUCGGGAAGGAAUUACACGAACAGCUGGUUCUCCAAGAUAAGCAGAACAAGCAUACGAGUUAUAUUUCAGGUCCCUGGUUCGAUAUGUACCUGGCAGCCCGCGACCCCGUCGUGCUGAAUUUUAAUCCGUUCAUAUCUUUCAACCCCGACCCGAAGCCCGAGUACAACGACCAGCUGGUCCGGGCGACGAACCUGACGGUGUCGGCCGUGCGCUUCCUGAAGACGCUGCGGGCGGGCCUCCUGGAGCCGGAGGUCUUCCACCUCGACCCGGCCAGGAGCGACACGGACGCCUUCAAGAGGAUCAUCCGGUGGGUGCCGCCCUCCCUCUCCUGGUACGGCGCCUACCUGCUCAACGCCUACCCGCUGGACAUGUCGCAGUACUUCCGGCUCUUCAACUCGACCCGCGUCCCGAAGCCGGGGCGGGACGAGCUGUUCACCGACGAGACGGCCAGGCACCUCCUCGUGCUGAGGAGGGGGAACCUCUACGUCUUCGACGUCCUGGACCGGGACGGGAACGCGGUCCCGGCCGCCGAGGUCGGGGCCCGCCUGCGGUCCGUCCUGGCCGACGGCAGCCCCCGGCCCGAGUUCCCGCUGGCCUACCUGACCGGCGAAGACCGCGACGUCUGGGCGGGGCUGAGGCGGGAGCUGCUCAACAGCGGCAACGCGGAGGCCCUGCGGGCCGUGGACUCGGCCGUCUUCUGCCUGUGCCUGGACGACUCCCCCAUCCGCGACCCGGUCCACCUGUCCCACAGCAUGCUGCACGGGGACGGGACCAACCGCUGGUUCGACAAGUCCUUCAACCUCAUCGUCGCCGCCGACGGGCAGGCGGCCGUCAACUUCGAACACGCCUGGGGCGACGGGGUGGCCGUGCUCAGGUUCUUCAACGAGGUGUUCGGGGACAGCACCCGGGCGCCCGCCGUCUCGCCCCACGAGCCCCUCCCCGCCCCGGCCGACGCGGCCGUGAGGAGGCUCGACUUCGUGCUCAACGACGCCCUGCGGGCCGGGAUCGCCAAGGCCCGGGAGAGGUUCGACGCGGCCACGGGCUCCCUGACCGUGGACUUCGUCCAGUUCCACAAGGGGGGGAAGGGGUUUCUGAAGAAGCGCAAGGUGAGUCCGGACGCGGUGGCCCAGCUGGCCUUCCAGAUGGCCUUCCUCCGCCAGUUCGGCCAGACGGUGGCCACUUACGAGUCCUGCAGCACGGCGGCCUUCAAGCACGGCCGCACGGAGACCGUGCGGCCCGCCUCCGUCCACACCAAGCGCUGCUCCGAGGCCUUCGUCGGAGCACCCGCCGGGCACGACGUGGCGGAGCUCCGGGCCCUGGUGGACCAGUGCUCCAAGUACCACACCCAGUUGACCAAGGAAGCGGCCAUGGGUCAAGGGUUUGACCGACACCUGUUCGCGCUGCGGUACUUGGCGGCGGCAAAAGGCGGCUCCUUGCCCGACUUCUACCGGGAUCCGGCGUACGUUCAGAUCAACCACAACAUCCUGUCGACCAGCACGCUGACCAGCCCGGCCGUGAACCUCGGAGGGUUCGCGCCGGUGGUGCCGGACGGCUUCGGCAUCGGCUACGGCGUGCACGACGACUGGAUCGGCUGCAACGUCUCCUCUUACCCCGGCCGAGACGUCAAGGCUUUCCUUCAAUGCGUGCACAAGUCCUUGGAUGACAUAUUUAAUGUCUUGGACGGGAAACCCAUCCAAAAUUAACCUUUUGGACACGCGCUGUCGGAACAGAACUUACCCCUAAUCGCGCCCGAUAGGCAAAAAUCAGAGUUAACCGGGAGGCAGCCUUCUCUCGGGGAUUUUGUGAAGUAACUCAUCCCGGGGAGGUGACGGGGAACGGUCCGGUGACCUUGGACGUCUAAUCCGUCAAUCGUGCCGGUCUGGAGUAGGACCAGAUCGUGUCUUAAAAUAGCAGCCAAAGCUCGUUUCACCCGAGCGUUGGAUUGGAAAACCGUAAUUUAUUGCCUCCGCAGAGAUCGGGCACACUUUGCUACGCCUUGGGAACUACUACUGAAACUCCAGAUUCUCUUCUCCACAGCGUUUAAAAAGAAAAUGAAAUGGAAGUACAGAUGAUUGGUCUUUAUGUGCUCAGGCCAAGUCCAGAGGCGCCUUCCCUCCGUGAGAGUAGCCUCCCCACGGGUAGGGGAAGGUCGCUUCUGGCCCGGCUGGCUUGGACGACCUCUGGAUUUGCUUUUUAAUAAUGGACGGUGUGAUUGAGGUCCCAGUCGUCUGAAAUGGACUGCCUUGAUUUGAUCAGAUGUACAAUAAAUAUUCUUUUAAGGAAAUGUAAGAUGAUGACGCUCACGGGCAAA